AAUUUGCGAAAUUUCGAAACUGUCUGGUACAUGCUGCAGUGAAAAAUAAAACAAAAUUAUGAGACCCACGAUUGAAUAUUGAAUUGACAUGAGAGAAGAGUCAUUAAUUUAUCGUACCGGAUUUUGAUAAUUUUUGGAUAAUAAAAUUCUCAAAGCAUGGCAUUAAAUUUUAAAAAACACUGCGCAUCGGCAUUAAUCCUCCGAUUAGUUCUAAUUGCCUAUGCAGACUUGCAUGACAAAUAUUUCAGUGUCCCUUACACCGAUGUAGAUUAUAAAGUUUACACGGAUGCGUCGCGGUUAUUAUUAACCGGUAAAUCCCCGUAUGAACGUCAUACUUAUCGUUACACUCCGCUAUUAGCAUUAAUUCUCACCCCGAACAUAUUCCUCUACCAAAAUUUUGGCAAAAUAUUAUUCUCAAUCAUUGACGUAAUCAUUGGAAUUUUGAUGAAGCAUAUAUUGAUGAGAGGCCAAUGCAACGAUAAAGUAUCAGCUAUUUGUGCAUUAGUCUGGCUGUACUGUCCAUUAACAAUCGUUAUAUCGACACGAGGUAAUGCGGACUCUGUUGCUGUUGUUCUCGUGCUGUUGACGUUGAAUUAUUUGAUCAGCGAUAAUUCAUUUCUUUCGGGGAUUAUCCACGGUAUUUCCGUGCAUUUCCGACUCUAUCCUAUUGCAUUCAGUUUAGUGAUGUAUCUGGGAAUAGCGGAUAAUAAUUUUUUUCCCAACGCCAGACAGAUUAAACUCGUUUCCGGAUGUAUUUUAUCGCUCGGUUUGUCCACCCUCGUUAGUUAUUACUUUUAUGGGUAUCAAUUUAUCCAUGAAAGUCUUAUUUAUCAUCUGAUCAGGAAAGACGCGCGACAUAAUUUUUCCGCAUAUUUUUAUAUGCAGUAUUUGUCAAUUGGACAAUCGGAUUUGUUAUUUGAAAAAUUAGUGAGGAUUUUGCCACCCGUGAUUAUAUUGAUUGCCCUGUCUUUUCGAUAUUCCAGGAGAAAGGAUCUGCCAUUUGCUAUGUUGACACAGGCUAUGGUAAUGGUCACUUAUAAUUCAGUCAUUACGUCUCAGUACUUUUUUUGGUACUUAUCCUUACUGCCGCUCUGUUUGCCGUAUAUUAAAAUCGGGGUUACAAAGUUGGUGAUAUUGAUCGCUGUCUGGAUUGCAAGUCAGGGAUUGUGGCUUCUUGAUGCAUAUGCGCUUGAAUUUGUAGGAAUCAAUAGCUUCCAGUCCAUCUGGAUCUCUAGUUUGAUAUUUUUCGUUGUUAACGUUAAGAUUCUUGUUGAAGUUAUUACUAAGUAUGAAAAUAAAUUGGAAUACCAUAGUACCAAGAAAAUUAAAUAAUAAAUAGAUUCAACUGAA